AUGUCAUCAAAGAUAGGCCCUAGCCCAGAUGACCACCUCGAUGAGAUGAACCCUACCCCGGAACCAGAAGAUGUCAUAUAUUUAUCGAAAGGAUUUGAACCAUCUACCCUCACAGAGAAUGACCUCACGCAGGACCUUAGAGAAAUUAAGUUCUUAGCGAGAACAUUGAGUCAAGAAUCCCCUCAGUCAGAAGAUUCCUCAAAUCCCUUCAAAUCCGAAAACCCAGAAUUGGAUCCUGCUUCUGAUUUGUUUCGACCCGAGAAAUGGGUAAAGGCUUUUCUAGGAUUGACGCAGAAUAACAAAAUCCAUAUGCGUCGGAAAGCCGGAGUGGCGCUGAAAAACGUGAAUGUGUCUGGUUCAGCUACUGUGUUGAACUCCCAGAGCACUGUGGGUGACCUUGUUUUUGGAUUAUUUGAUCUUGCGGCGAAUCUCAUUGGCAAUCGGCGCCAACGCGUUCAAAUUCUGCACAACAUCGAUGCUUUGGUUCAUCCCGGGGAGUUGCUAGUAGCUCUCGGCCCACCCGGCUCUGGCUGUAGCACUUUACUCAAAACAAUUGCCGGCGAGACCCAUGGUAUCAUAAUUGAUGGUGGCUCUGAGUUUAACUACGAGGGAAUAAGUUUUCGCGAUAUGCAUUCUCGAUUCAGGGGGGAGUCGAUCUACACCGCUGAACAAGAUGUCCACCUUCCCAUGUUGACGGUUGGACAGACACUGGAAUUUGUAGCGUUGGCAAGGGCACCAAGAGCUAUACCGGGAAAUAUACCCCGCGAUGCCUAUGCAAAGAGCCUUCGGAACGUGAUCAUGGCUGUCUUUGGUAUCCGACACACAAGAGACAGUAGAGUCGGGAAUGAAUUCGUUCGAGGGAUCAGCGGUGGAGAAAGAAAGCGCGUGAGCAUUGCUGAAGCUGCUCUAAGUGGCUCGCCCCUUCAGUGCUGGGACAAUAGUACUCGCGGGUUGGACAGUGCCAAUGCAAUUGAGUUCUGUAAGACCUUACGGCUGGGCGCGGACCUCUUACAGACUGCAGCAGCAGUAGCUAUUUACCAAGCACCCCAAGCUGCAUAUGAUCUCUUCGACAAGGUUCUCAUUUUGUAUCAUGGCCGACAAAUUUUCUUUGGUCCUUCGGAAGAAGCUAAAAGCUACUUUGAAGGUAUGGGAUUUGAAUGCCCAGAGAGACAGACAACACCCGAUUUCUUGGCAUCUAUGACCAGUCCUACUCAGCGCCGUGUGCGCUCUGGCUUCGAAAACAAAGUCCCAAGAACCCCGGAAGAUUUUGCAAAGAUCUGGUUGGAAAGCCCCAUGCGGCAAAAGCUUCUAGAGGAUAUCAAGAAAUACAAUCAUAAUCACCCAAUCGGAGGUCCCGAUUUUGAUGCCUUUCAAGAAUCCCGAACACUUCAGCAAGCUAAACACCAACGAGCAAAGUCUCCAUACACACUCUCCUACUGGCAACAGAUUGAAAUAUGUUUCCGACGAGGCUACAUUUGUGUGAUCUCUGAUCCAACUUUGUUAAUAGCCUCAGUGCUCAGCAACAUUGCUAUUGUGACGAUCGUUAGCAGCAUAUUUUUCAAGAUGCCCAUGACUACAUCUACAUUUUACUCUCGCGGCGCUCUAUUAUUUUUCGCUAUCCUUAUCAAUGCUUUUAGCAGUCAAUUGGAAAUUUUGACAGUGUAUGCACAGCGCCCAGUUGUGGAAAAGCACGCUCGCUAUGCUCUCUAUCAUCCUUCUGCGGAGGCACUUGCUUCAAUGUUGACAGAUCUUCCCAUCAAGGUCGUGAAUCUUAUCUGUUUCAAUAUUGUGAUCUAUUGGAUGACUGGCCUAAAGAAAGAUGCCGGGGCAUUUUUCUUCUUCCUACUCACCUUUUUUAUGAUGGUUAUGGUCAUGUCAAGUUUGUUUCGUACAAUUGCAUCCGUAUCCCAGACUCUCACCCAGGCGCUUGCACCGUUUACCAUAUUUAUCCUUGCUUUGGUUAUCUACUCAGGAUUUGUCAUUCCUAUAGACUACAUGCAUGGUUGGGCACGUUGGAUCAACUAUCUCGACCCCAUUUCUUAUGGACUUGAGGCAUUGAUGAUCAAUGAGUUUCAUGACCGUGAGUAUGUAUGCUCCAAUUUUGUUCCUCGGGGCCCUGGAUACGAUGAUAACCCCGCGACACCAGUUUGUUCUUCGGUAGGAUCCAUUGCUGGCCAAAUGUGGGUAAGGGGCGAUGCCUACAUUGAAGGUUCAUUUAGCUUCCAUCACUCGCACAAGUGGCGGAAUAUUGGUAUAAUGUUUGGCUUCUGUGCAUUUUUUACUUUGACAUAUGUGGCUGCAACGGAUCUUAUUUCUGAAAAGAAAUCCAGAGGAGAAGUUGCCAUUUUCCCUCGAGGAAAAGCGCCGAGGCGUGGCCAGAUUGUUGCAAAUGACCUCGAAAAUGGCAAUGAGAAGGUUUCGCUUGGUCAAUAUAGGAAUUCGUAUAAGAGAGAGGUUCCAUCACGCAUCGCAAGGCAGUCGGCAAUAAUUCAAUGGCAAGAUGUUUGCUAUGAUCUCAAGAUCAAAAAUGAGAAUACACGUAUCUUGGACCAUGUUGAGGGAUGGGUGGAGCCAGGUACUUUGACUGCUCUCAUGGGGGUAUCUGGCGCCGGAAAGACUACACUCCUUGAUGUGCUGGCUAGCCGAAGAACAAUCGGCGUCAUCAGUGGAAAAAUCCUGAUCAACGGUCGGCAAAUAGAUAGUUCUUUCCAGCGAAAAACUGGAUAUGCGCAGCAACUAGAUCUUCACCUUGAGACAUCUACCGUCCGGGAAGCCUUGAAUUUCAGCGCAAGUCUUCGUCAGCCGCGGUCCGUUCCUCGCCCAGAGAAGUUGAGAUACGUUGAAGAAGUCAUUCAUCUCUUGGAGAUGGAAGAGUACGCAGACGCCGUGGUCGGAGUUCCCGGUGAAGGUAUGUUAAACAGCGACAAUGAAAUACCGGAAAAAAGGCUUACUGGAAUGUUAUCGCUAGGAUUAAAUGUUGAGCAAAGAAAAAGGCUUACAAUCGGAGUUGAGCUUGCUGCUAAGCCUGAAUUGCUCUUGUUCUUAGAUGAGCCCACAUCGGGUCUUGACUCUCAGACCUCAUGGUCAAUCUUGAUGCUACUACAAAAACUCAAGAACAAUGGGCAAGCAAUUCUUUGUACUAUUCAUCAAACUUCUGCUAUAUUACUUCAACAGUUUGAUAGACUACUGCUUCUCGAUAACGGUGGAAAAACAGUAUAUUUUGGUCCAUUGGGCCCCUCCGCAUCGACUCUUCUCAAUUAUUUCGGGAAGAAUGGGGGAUACAGGUGCUCGGAAAAUGCAAACCCUGCAGAAUAUAUGCUGGAGGUUAUUGGUGCGGCCCCAGGUUGUCGUACUGAGAUUGACUGGCCUGCUAUUUGGAAACAGUCCCCAGACCUAACGGCCGUGCGAGCCCAACUUGAGGAAUGGGAGAAAAUCCUACCUCAUCGAUCUAGCUUACCAUUAGCUGAAGAUCAUCACUCUUUUGCUGAAUUUGCAGCCUCUUUUCCAUUACAACUUUCCGAGACCUUAUUUCGGAUGUUCCAGCAGUAUUGGCGAACUCCAAGCUACAUUUAUUCUAAGAUCGGGCUUAUUGUGGCGACGAUUAUGCCAUUGUUUGUGACGCAAAGAGCACUUUAUGAAGCCCGCGAGAGACCGGCAAAGACUUAUUCAUGGGCAGCUUUUAUGUUAACCAAUAUCAUCGUAGAGAUUCCUUGGUCAUCAUUGUGCUCUGUUAUGCUAUACAUAACCUGGUAUUACCCCAUUCGUCUCUACAGAAAUGCAGAGCUUACAGACUCGGUGCAUGAAAAAGGAACUAUCGUAUGGUUGUUCAUUCUCACAUUUUUGUUGUUCUCAAGCACUUUCUCUCAUCUUGCUAUUUCAGCUAUCGAGACAGAACAGACAGCCGGAAAUGUUGCAAAUCUUUGCUUCUCGUUAUCGAUAUCAUUUUGCGGUGUAUUAGCUGGUCCAAAAGCUUUCCCACAUUUUUGGAUCUUCAUGUAUCGCAUUUCUCCCUUCCAUUAUUUGAUCUCAGGACUUCUUUCAGCAUCUGUUGGAGGCGGCCAGGUUGUGUGCUCGAAGCAAGAGUUUCUGCAUUUUGAUCCUCCAGAGAAUCAAACAUGUGGCGGUUAUCUUUCUAAAUACAUCCAAAUGACUGGGGGAUAUGUUGAAACUCCGUCUGCUACGGCUAAAUGUUCCUUUUGCUCGACCUCUGAGACAAAUAAAUUUCUUGAAGGACUGUCAACAAGCCCAGAUGACGAAUGGAAGAAUUUUGGGCUCAUGUGGACUUACAUUGUCUUUAAUAUCUUCGGUGCACUAUUUCUUUACUGGACGUUCCGGGUCCCGAAGAAGAUCAAGGUGCAUGAGACGGCCACGAAUUCUGCGUGA